AUGUGUGAUUCCAUUCCAAAUUGUCCAUCACCGUCUAGUAUAAACAACAAAAACAAACGACGCAUUGUCAAAGCGCCAGAAUUUGAAAUGAUAAGUGAUUUUAUUGAUAGAUAUAAAGGAUUGGCGAUUGAUUGUGAAAUCGAGCUGCUGGAGAAAUUUCCACAAUUCGAAAAACUUACACUGAAAAGUAUUUUGGAAACAAUAUAUACAAAUCGUAUGCGACAUCAAUAUUGGCGUUAUGAUGCCAAUGCCAAGGCAUUUUUAAAAAUGUAUGAGGAACGUUGCCAAUUAACAUAUCCAAUGGAUCGUAAUAUAUUACUUAACAUUGCCCGGGAAUCAGAUAUGGGACCAGUUAUGAUGUGUCGUUCAUUGCUAAAGCUUAAAUAUAAAAUUACCAAUAAAGUGGAGUUGACCCAGCUGAUACGUUCACCGCAUUUAAUUGAGGAUCCCAUGCUAUCGGCUAAUGUUGCUCAAUGUAUUUGUAGUGAUUCCACCGAUGGUCCUUUGAUCGAUUUAAAACGUAGGGUACUUGGCGAAGAAUAUGAAUUUCGGUUAAAACAAAUGGCCACUAAGGCCGGUAUGCAUUUCUAUGACGAAAAUGAUCUCAGACGAUUGGGUUAUGAUAAGACACCCGAUAUUAAAAUGUUAUUGCCGUUUUUCUAUAAGGGAGAAAUUAUCAAUUGGAUAGAAAGUAAAGCAAACUUUGGCUGUAUAAAAACACAUAAAACUUAUAUACAACAACAAUUGAGUAGUUAUUGUAACAGAUUUGGUCCCGGAAUUGUUAUCUAUUGGUUUGGCUAUCAUGAAGAUAUUGCCACAUCAACUCAAAAUGGUAUAGGCAUAACUGUACUCGACGACUUUCCUGCCAAUGAAGAUAUUCAAUUAUUGGAUUUAAGCGAAGCCUGUGAAUCUUAUGAUACAACAACAACAACGACAAAAACUGAUGAUCCAAAGCAGUUACAAAUUACAUGA